GGGGACAAUUGAGAAUUUCUGGAUCCCAAAGCUUUGAGCUUAUGCAACACUCUGCCCGCUCAAUCAAGAACAGCGGAAGCAUCCCUCAGUUCACAGGAGACAUUGUCAAACAUCUUCUUAUCACGAAUUGCAAACAUACGUUCCAACAAACCAACCAUGGGAGGGACUUUAUCAUUCAGGUCGUCAGAAUACUGGAUCACGCAGAAAGGGCGGAGGAUGUUUGACUUAUAUACGCUACUGCGGUCCAGCAGUAACAGCUUUGUCAACAUGGCCAUCGCCUCAGAGGACUAUAAAUGUGCCGUGUUGCUCGCUGAUCAUGAGGUCAUGAACACAGACCCUCGGUUUGCUUGGAUAUCAUCCAUACUUCCAUUAGAAACUCAGAUCAGGGGUGCCUGUCCCGUUCAAAAUUAUUUCAUCAAGGGGAUACUUUCUAAUGAAGCAUCCGCCGCUUUUCAUCUCACAGCCUUACCUAACCAAAAACAGCUGUUGCUUGAAGAGACCAGUGCUCUAUACGGAUUGAAGGACCUUGUGGGGGCUCUUUUAGAAUACUCUUCCCGUUAUCCUGGAUUCACAGGGACUCCGAGCUUUAGCGCAGCUCACGUAUGGUUCAAGUUUAGAGUGCAAUUACAUUCUGUGUUUGACGAGAGCAUCAUCAUGCCGAGUCAGCUGGCCCAGGCAUACUCUCCGAGCAAGGAGUUCCCCUGGGGCAACUGUGAUACUGUGUUAUUGGCAGGUCAGGGAAAAGAUCCUUAUGUGGUCCAAGUUCAAGCAGUUCUUGUCCCGAUUGCCUCUCACGGGGUUUCAUUGCUACCGUCUCUCCUCCAGCCUCUUCUCUACAUCCAAUAUUUCAAGGUCAUCGCGAAUCCUUCUGACCACACUGAGGUCAAACGAAUGCUCCACGGAAAUCCACAGCGCCAGCAUGAGCGUUUCAGGAGGAUUGUCCCGCUGGCAGAGGUUGCUCAAGCUGUCGAGCUGAUCCCAUUGUAUGGGCCUACAAAAGAUCCCAGUAUCAAUGCAACCAAUUCGCUUGAGGUGCCAACAUGUUUCCUUCUGAACUGUUAUUCAGAUAAAGAAGUAUAUUGCUCUAUGUUGGUGGACGACUGAUGGGUAUGAUGGACAGCUUGAUUGUGGAGUAUUAGUAAUUGCUUCAAGUGUAUUUGUAUUAUGCCGCAUUAUGAUUGUGUUUUCUAUAUGUCUGAUGUCUGAUAUCGUUUUUUUGUUAUCUUGUAUCAAUGAUAAUUU